AUGAAUAGUUAUGAAGACCAACUGAUAAAAGAUAUCAUUCAAAAUCAAUUUACAGAGGUGAUCCAGUUGACUCCAAAGACUAUCUUUUUGUCUUAUAAUGGAGUGUUGACUAUCACCUACAAGGCGUGGACAAAUGGAGUGACCAAAUUAAAGGACGAGUUGAAUCAAUCGUCUCUUUUGGCAGAGGAGAAUAUGGGUACCAAGUGGCCAAAAACAACGAUUGCAUGUCUAAAGGAUAAUGUCAAUCUCACAUACUCUCAAUACUUGCAGCUGUCCAACCGAGUUGAGCAACUGUCCAACCAAUUCUUUGCAAACAAUGAUUUGAAAACUAUUGAUAUGUCCAACUUGUCAUUGGUUUCAUUUCAUAAUCGAGCUCUCAUAUCACCAUACCACUCUAUCACUCAGUUUAAUUGUAUCAACAAAUUAGAUUAUCAACAAAGUGGUGGUGGUGGUGGCCUAGAAGGAGCAGGAAAUGGUAAAAAUCAUUAUGAUUUGGAUCAAGACAAUGUAACCUAUGUUCAAUCGGUAAUCAAUGAACCUGCUACUAUUGGACACGAACAAUACUACCAAAAGGUACAAAGUCAACAUGGCGGCAAUCUCCACCACCAAAGCUACUAUGUCGACCCUGUAACCAGAGAGAAAACAUUGGUUUGUUUCUUGAAUAAUAACUAUAACAAUGGUCUAUUGAAUAAUCAAUUGUUUAUCAAAAAAAAUAAUAAUAAUAAUUUUUGUAUUAUAAAGAUGUCAUCAUUUUUUAAAAACUAUAAAGACUACUUACAUAAUUGGUAUUAUAAUCCAUCACUUGAUCAAAUUUUAUACUGUACACAAGAUGAAAAGAAUAAGGUUCAGCAAGUAUUUGAUCUAUUCUCAACCAACAAAAACCAUCAUGUUAGUCAGACCAUCAUCCAUCCAAUCGAAAGUAUAGAGUAUCUCACUCUAAACCAAAUACACCAUCUCCUUACAACGUAUCGUCUCAGAGUCAACUCUGAUAUGCUUGUUAAAUGUAUACGCGACUUGGAACUACACUUUAUCAACACCUUUAAAGUAACCACCAAGAAUAAGAAAACAAGAGCUUUGGAAUUGGAACUAUUAAAUUCAAUAGUUGAAAUUGAUGAAAAGACAAUUGGAUAUCAUAAAUGUUUAUAUAAUGUAGCUGGAAAGAUUAUGGAUGGUAGUAAGGGUAAAUAUGAUUUGGUGUUUAUAUUGGUGAUGACAGAGAUUGGAACAACCUAUCAAAAAUUAUUUAAAAAGGGUGAAGAUUGUAGAAUCAUGAUCAACAAGGAAAUGGAUUCAAUGUCAAGAUCCAAACGAUUCCAAGUAUGCAAAGCAUACACACAGCUGUGGGCUCAUUUCUAUACAUUUGCAACACUGAUUCAAGAGUUUCAUUUGGCAUUGGCAAGUGAGUCAAAAUCACCUGAAGCAAGCAAGAAUACGUUGGCAUUGAAAACACUAUUAAAACAACUAUCAAAAAUCAAGAAAUACAUUGCACAACAACAUUCAUCCACUCCAUAUUAUCUUCGUAUUCCAUCAGAUGAUAAUCCAGAACAAGUAUUGAUUCUAGCUGAAAAGGAAUCGAUCAUAUCUACGAUGAGUGUCUCUCCAAACACAUCAUCAUCAUCAUCAGCUGGUAGUGGACAAUUAGCCUCAAAGAUUAAAUUUAAUUAUUCUCAAUUCACACUUUACAAUCAAAUACAUAAUGACACUAAAAAUCAAUCAACUCAUUUACACUAUAUAACCUCCUUUGGAUCAUCAUCUUCCUCUUCCUCUUCCUCUUCAAAUGAAUUACCAAUUGAUAUGUAUAUUAAAACAACCAUGGCACCAAUCAAAGAGAUCAUAUCAAUCUAUCACUCAUUUUUAAAUUUUAAAUCAAUUAAAUGCCAUCAAUGUAAUUUUUGUCAAUUAUCAACUAAUCAUACUAUUGAAUGUUCAUCUUGUAAUAUAAAUAUUUGUAUACUUUGUACUAGAAAUGAAAAAUGUAUAAAAUGUUAUCUAACUCAUGUACCAAUAAGAAUUAAUGUUAGAUUAGAAGGCAGAGAAAAUACACCAAAAUUGAUUAUUUUAGAAACGCCAUCAUAUUUGGAUUUUAAUUCACAGAUAUUUGAAAAGUUUGAUAUUGACAAGGGAAUGAGAAUACAAUGUAAACUACAAGACCAUUCAAGGCAAGAUAUUCCACUCAACAGCGACAUUAAUUUGCAUUUGGCACUUAGAACCAACACACCCAUUUGUAAAAUGGUCAAUGUCUUUGUCAUGGAUCCUAGAAUCAACUCUGAUAUUCCAACCAUUGGCAUGUCUGAUCUCAUAUUCCCAGAGAAUUCACAUAUAGCAGAGGGUGGUGGAGGAACCGUGUCAGAAGUAAUUAUCCCAACACUCUCUGACUAUAAAGACAUUCCAUUGGUACUAAAGUGUUACAAACUACCAGUAUUCGAUCCAGAAGAAUUUGAUCCACGAUCUAAAAUCAAUACCAUUGCCAGAUCAAAAUACAAAUUUAAAAGAGAGGCUGCAUUAUUAUCAAAUAUCAAGAGUGAUUAUAUCAUUAAAAUGAUUGCUUUUGUUAGAGAUGAAAACAAACCACAUGAAAUGGGUAUCAUCCUGGAAAAGGCUCCACUUGGUUCAAUGGAUAAAAAAUAUUUCUCAAGUUGGGAAUUAAAUAUUUUAAUUUUAUUGGAUAUUUGUAAAUCUUUAAAAGCUGUACAUUCUAAUGGAUACAUAUUCCAGGAUCUAAAACCUGACAAUGUAUUAUUGUUUACAGAAUCAACGGAUCCUGAAAAGAUUAGAUGCAAAUUGAGUGAUUUUGGAAUUGUAACAAAAAAGAAAAAGAAACAUAAUCUUGGUCAUACUGGUGUAUCACAUACCUUUUCCUAUGUUGCACCAGAACACAAUGCAAAAGGUAAAUUUAAUGAAUCCAUAGAUAUCUAUGCAUUUGGUUUGUUAAUGUUUGAAUUAUUGACAACCCACCGAUACCUCAAUCGAUUCGGUGAACCAAAAUAUGAUUUUAAAGAUGUUCAACUUCCCCUCCCUGCACUGACAAUCAUUAAACUAUUAUUAAAGACUGAUGUUGAAAUGCGUCUUUCAAGUAUGCAAAUCGUACAAGAACAUUUGGAGAAAUUACUUCAAACUUGUAAAACCGAAAAUUGGCAACCUUUAAUACAUCCAUCACAAAUACCUCUUAGACAAAGUUAUGAAGAUACUUCAAUCUAA